AUGGAAGCGACCUUCGACUCGCUGCGGGACUUUGGGCCCGAGGCGGUGCAGCAGGACGCCAAGGCCCUGGAGGCGGUGCGGGACAUGCUGGCCUGGCUAGCGCAGCGCACCUGCAAGGCGUGGAUUGAUCCGCCAGCCACCUUGGAGAAGGCCCUGAGCAGCCACGAGGAGCGGCUGCGCGCCGCCCUGGCGGCUCCGGGCCGCUCCGAGCAGACGCCCAAGGUGGAGGAGCUCCGCAAGGAGCUCCAGCAGCAAAGGCAGCGGGCUGAGGAGCUGGAAGCACUUCUCAAGGAGGCCGAGCAGCGGGAGCAGAAGCUUCUGGCUCGCCGCGUCUUGGUGGAGUCUGCGACUCCGGUACCCCAGGAGGAGGUGGUGGAAGCUGCGCCGGCGGCCAUGCCAAGCCCCAAGCCACAGUUGCCAGCGCCAGACGAAGUGCAGGAUCCCGCGGUCAGCGACGCACCCGAGCAGGUCGAGGAGCGGCGGGAGGAGACUUGCGACGCCGGUGCUGCGGCGGCGGCGGAAGCCGAGCAAGAGGCGCAGCGGAUGAGGCUCUUCAGAUGUCCCUUCGCGGAGGCCAUUGACCUCACCCUCUCGCGCUGUGGCCCCGAGGAUGAGGACAAGCGGCUAGGGCGAAGGCAGCUCCGGAGCUUCAUCGGGGAGGUCUACACAGCAAAGCGCUUGGAAGACCGCAGACGAGACAAGGCCGCCCAGCCGAGACGGGCGCUACAUUGCAUCAUGCAGGAGAUGCUGCGACGACUUCACGGGGUGAAGAGUUUGGUGCACCGGCGCUCUUGGCAGCUUUUGGAGGCCAUCGCCGAGCACGCGUCAUCCGACACCACGGUUGGCCUUUUUGCUGACUUCCUGGACGGCUCCCGGGACUUGGACGAGCUGUCGUUCUACCUCUACUGCUCUGCCCUCAUAGCCAGCACUCCGGAGGAGACGCAGGUGCCUUCCAGGUUGCCUUUGGGGAUUGUCAGCGAGCCUCGGUGCAUUCGCCUGCUGGAGCUCUUGUUCGAUGACCUGCCCAAGGCUAGGACGGUCGUGAAGGAGGAAAUCGAGAAGCAGGUGCCGCGGAUGAAUUUGGCAGGUGAUCCGUGGGAGGAGUUCAGCCUCUUCGAAGAGGUGCGCUGCAUUGAAGCCGACGGCCUGUGUCGCGCUCUGCUUGAAGGAUGGAGAGUGUGCUGUCUGUUACUGACGAAGAAUCUGCCGCACUUCUCUUGGCGCGACACCGUGCUGGCCUUCCUGCAGGCGGACGUGCACGGCCGCGGCUGGCUGGACCCCCACGAGGUGCAAAAGGCGGAGAGCCGGCCGCGUGCGCCUCGCCCAAGUACGUUGCCCCUCACAGACCAGACCACGCUCGGGGCCUUUGUCUUCCGCACGGUGCAAAGCUUGGGGGGCCUCAACAAUCCUGUGGACUUGAAGGAAGAAGCAACUGAGUUGGCAUCCUGUGAGCCCAAGAGGGAGCCGGAGGCCUGCCUGCAGCUUUGCCUCGCGGCCUUUCACUCCCUGGAGCCCAGCCUGGCAGUGUACUUGAAGUGGCUCCUGCACAGUGAAGAGCCUCGAGAUCGCACUGUGUACCAAAGCGUGAAGGCCCGGAUCUUCGGGGUGAGGAGAAGCGCCAGCGCGGGGAAGGUCUGGCCCCUGAUGCACAACCUUCGGUGCUUGCUCGUCCUCCUGCUGAGUCACCAGUUUGACAUGCAGCUUGUCAGGGAGGAGGCCCAGCCAGAGCACAUCGGUUGGGAGAUGACGGCUCUAUUGCAGGUGUUGCGCGAGAGCUGGAGGAGGGGCGCCAGCGGACAGGGCGUGGAGUCGGGCCCGGAGUUCGGGCCGGAGCUGGAAGAGGUGGGUGAAGCCAACAUGCGGGAGCAAUGCGAUUCGGACCAAGAGCGUCCGGUCAGCGGCCGGGAGAGACCGGUUGGAUACUCAGUCAGCUUUAAAUAA